GGGGUGGUAGGGACGUCCCAAGGAUCCCGGAUAGCACGGACCGUGAAAGUUAAACUGCAGGUUAGUUUUUUUCGAAAACGCGUGACAUUCAGUGGAAGAUAUCCUUAAAAUGGUCGGGUUAUCUCGUUCUUUCUAACGAUACAAAAUAGCGUUUUGAAUCCGCUUUUUCGGAGGCAGCAAACAUGAUGAAAGAGAGGGGAUGUUGUGCGUCCAUCUGUCAAUGUUUUUUCGAAUAUUCAACGCCGAAAAUUCUUGUAAUUCGGAGCUUCAAGGUUGGAACCGUCAACAGAAUCACGCAGGCUUUAGUGAUUGCAUAUGUGAUCGGGUAUGUCUGUGUGGUGAACAAAGGCUACCAGGAGACAGAUGCAGUCCUCAGCUCUGUCACGACCAAGGUGAAGGGCAUCGCCCUGACCAACACUUCCGACCUGGGCCUGCAAAUCUGGGAUGUGGCAGACUAUGUCAUCCCACCACAGGAGGAGAGCACAUUCUUUGUGUUGACGAACCUGCUCAUCACUCUGAACCAAACUCAGUCGCACUGUCCAGAGGUCCCAAAAACUGGUUUUGACUGCACCUCAGACAGGGACUGCAAGGCUGGCUCACGUGAUACCCGAGGCAAUGGUGUUCAGACUGGGAAAUGUGUGAAGUACUCAGCUGCGGAGAAGACAUGUGAGGUUCUGGCUUGGUGCCCACUGGAGUUAGAUAAGGAACCUCCCAAUCCUCCAAUGUUGGCAGAUGCUGAGAACUUCACAGUGCUUAUAAAGAACAGCAUCCGAUACCCCAAAUUCAACUUCAAUAAAAGGAAUAUCUUGCCCUAUGUCAACAAGACCUACUUGGAACAAUGUGUAUUCAAUCGCAUCACUGACCCAGACUGUCCGAUCUUCAGACUCAAAGACAUGGUCACAGAGGCCAAUGAGGACUUUCAGACCAUGGCUGUCCAUGGUGGGGUUAUGGGUGUCCAAAUCCGUUGGGAAUGUGAUCUGGACAUGCCAAGCAGCUGGUGUGUGCCUAGGUACACCUUCCGUCGCCUGGACAACAAGGACCCAGUGAACAAUGUGGCGCCUGGAUACAACUUCAGAUUUGCCAAAUAUUACAAAAACGGUAACAAUGAAGAGACAAGAACAUUAAUCAAAGGAUUCGGAAUACGCUUCGAUGUAAUGGUUUUUGGUCAGGCUGGAAAAUUUAACAUAGUGCCAACACUGCUGAAUCUUGGUGCUGGUCUUGCCCUCCUUGGCUUGGUGACUGUUGUUUGUGAUUGGAUUGUGCUGACAUGCAUGACGAAAAAAAAUAUCUAUAACGAACAGAAAUAUUCUUAUGUUGAUGACUUUCAAUUGCUUUCAAAUGAAACACCAUAAAGCCACGGCGAAUCAUGUCGAGCAGAAACAACUGUGUAUACAGCAUAUCAA